AUGGCUGGAGAGAAUCUAAAACCCAUAGCUGGGCUACUUUUGGUUCUGAACUUCUGCAUGUACACAAUAGUUUUGGGUAUUGGCAGCUGGGCGAUCAACCGAGCCAUUAACCAUGGUUUCAUUAUCGGUCCGGGAUUUGAUCUGCCGGAGCAUUUUUCGCCCAUACAUUUUCCGAUGGGUAAUGCAGCGACCGGAUUUUUCGUGUUAUAUGCACUUAUAGCUGGCGUGGUUGGGGUGGCAUCGGCAAUUUCGGGUUUGAAUCAUAUUCGGCAUUGGGAUCGUGAAAGUUUGCCUGCUGCCACAUCAGCUGCCAACAUGGCAUGGAGCCUUACUCUUUUGGCCAUGGGGUUUGCUUGGAAAGAAAUCAAUUUGUACAGCAGAAAUGCUCGUCUGAGAACAAUGGAAGCAUUCAUUAUAAUUCUUUCUGCAACUCAAUUAUUAUACAUAGCAGCCAUUUAUGGUGCUUCAUCGAGGAGAAGAACCUGA